GUUUGAUAACUUGGGCUCAGUUUCCCGUCCGUUCUCAAACUUGGAUGUGGACCUCUCUGGAGAGAGAUUUCCAGUUGACAUCAACGGAAAGAGCCCCACCGGGCUCCCUGUUUUCCACUUUGUAACUUUCCAGGUGACAGAGUCUCCCGGACGAUGGGCGAUUGGAGCGCUCUCGGUCGUUUGCUGGACAAGGUCCAGGCUUAUUCCACCGCCGGGGGGAAGGUCUGGCUCUCCGUCCUCUUCAUCUUCAGAAUUCUGGUCCUGGGCACGGCGGUCGAGUCCGCCUGGGGGGACGAGCAGUCGGCCUUCAAAUGCAACACCCAACAACCCGGUUGCGAGAACGUCUGCUACGACAAGUCCUUCCCCAUCUCCCACGUGCGAUUCUGGGUCCUCCAGAUUAUCUUCGUGUCGACCCCGACGCUGCUGUACCUGGCUCACGUCUUUUACCUGAACCGGAAGGAGCAGAAACUGAACCGGAAGGAGGAAGAGCUCAAAGUGGUCCAAAACGACGGCGGCGACGUAGACCUGCCGCUGAAGAAAAUCGAAAUGAAAAAGCACAAGUACGGCAUCGACGAGCACGGCAAAGUCAAGAUGAAGGGGGCGCUGCUGCGAACCUACAUCGUCAGCAUUUUUUUCAAGUCCAUGUUCGAAGUGGGCUUUCUGGUGAUCCAGUGGUACAUGUACGGCUUCAGCCUGUCGGCGGUCUACACCUGCGAGAGGUCCCCGUGCCCGCACAGGGUGGACUGUUUCCUGUCCCGCCCCACGGAGAAGACCGUUUUCAUUAUCUUCAUGCUGGUGGUUUCUCUGGUGUCGCUGCUGCUCAACGUCAUCGAGCUCUUCUACGUCUUUUUCAAGAGGAUCAAAGAUCGGGUCAAGGGCCAGCAGCAGCCCGCGCUCUACGCCAGCGGGGGCACUUUGAGCCCAACCCCCAAGGAACUCUCCACGACCAAGUACGCGUACUACAACGGCUGCUCUUCGCCCACCGCCCCGCUCUCGCCCAUGUCCCCUCCGGGUUACAAGUUGGCCACGGGAGACCGGGGCACGGGCUCCUGUCGCAAUUUCAACAAGCAGGCCCAUGAGCAGAACUGGGCCAACUACUCGGCGGAGCAGAACCGCCUUGGCCAGCUUGGAACAGGAGGAGGAGGAGGAGGCGGCGGCAGCACCAUCUCAAACUCCCACGCGCAAGCUUUUGACUUCCCCGACGAUACCCACGAGCACAAGAAACUGUCCUCCCACGCCGGGCACGAGAUGCAACCUCUGCCACUGAUGGACGCCAGGCCCUGCAGCCGGGCCAGCAGCCGCAUGAGCAGCCGGGCCAGGCCGGACGACCUGGACGUGUAACCCUGACAAUCGGGAAAACCGCGCUCGCUGUUUUUUUGUCAUCGAGACUCUUAGUUCGGCGAGAGACAAUGAUAACUUGUUACGUUCACACUGUCAAAAGGUACACGUUUCCCGUAGGUUUUGAUGAC